AGCGACGUGACUGAGUGUAGUGACGCGACGCGUUCCUUCCUGUUCCUUCACGGUUGUUGAUCACUACCUUCUCACCACGACGCGUAAUGCAGAACGGCACAACCAACGCCAACGGAGGGACUACACACGAUGAGCAUCAGUAUCUGACUCUCAUCCGACAUGUCCUUGAAACCGGGGAAGUAAGGUCAGAUCGGACUGGCACUGGCACGAUUUCAGUUUUCGCCCCACAAAAUUUGCGCUUCUCUCUCUCCAAUUCCACGCUACCUCUCCUCACCACAAAACGCACGUUUCUGAAAGGAAUAGUGGAAGAGCUGCUAUGGUUUAUCCAUGGAUGCACAGAUUCCACGGUCUUAUCGAAAAAAAGCGUCAAGAUAUGGGAUGGCAAUGGCUCCAAGGCAUUCCUCGAAAGCAGAGGCCUUCAUCACAGACGUGAAGGAGACCUGGGUCCAGUUUACGGCUUUCAAUGGAGGCACUUUGGAGCAGAGUACGUCGAUUGCGAGAAGAAUUACAAUGGGGAAGGUGUUGAUCAACUGCGAGAGUGUAUACGAAAGAUCAAGGAAAACCCCACUGAUAGGCGAAUAAUUCUGAGUGCAUGGAAUCCCAAAGAUAUCCCUCUCAUGGCACUGCCGCCGUGUCAUCUUCUCUGCCAGUUCUACGUUCACAUACCUCCUGAGGGAUCUGAACAGAAACCGAAGCUUUCCUGUUUGAUGUUCCAACGCUCUGCAGACCUUGGGCUCGGAAUUCCAUUCAACAUUGCAUCCUAUGCCCUUUUAACUCAUAUGAUUGCCCACGUAACUGGCACAGAAGCACACGAGUUGAUAAUACAACUUGGUGAUGCGCAUGUGUAUCGGGAUCAUGUUGACGCCCUGGCAGUUCAGCUUCUACGCGAACCAAGACCCUUCCCAAAAUUGAAGUGGGCAAGAGAAGGCAUCUCUGAUAUCGAGGAUUUCGUUGCAGAAGAUAUAGUCAUAGAAGGAUAUGAUCCACACCCAAGUAUUCCAAUGAAGAUGAGUGUAUGAUCUAGUGGACCGAUAUUUGUUUCUUUCCAUGUAUUCUUUGCAGUCUCAGACUAUUUCAUUCCAAAAGAGUGUGUAUGUUACAAUAAGGAACGGUGAUAGCUAUAUACAAAUGAAUGAAGCUACAGAGAUGGUAUGUGGCUGGAGUAUCUAAUGGAUUAUGGCAAUUAUAAGAGUGAUACAAUUUACUGUUAGG